AUAAACAUAGUCUCAUUCAUACUUCUCCUCUCCCUCGCACUAAGUACCAUCCUUACAACAUUAAACUUCUGAUUAGCCCAAACAAACCCUGACGCAGAAAAACUCUCCCCCUACGAAUGUGGCUUUGACCCUCUAGGUUCUGCUCGACUCCCCUUUUCAAUUCGAUUCUUCCUAGUAGCCAUCCUAUUUCUCCUUUUUGACCUAGAAAUCGCCCUACUUCUCCCACUCCCAUGAGCAAUUCAGCUCCCCUACCCCUUACUGACCCUUCUAUGAACCUCUAUCCUCCUCGCCCUACUUACACUAGGCCUAAUCUACGAAUGAGCCCAAGGAGGCCUAGAGUGAGCAGAAUAA